UAUCGAUUUUUCUUGAACGGGAAUGGUGUAGCGAAAACGGACCACUUCUCUCUGUCGCGUGGUAGUGUGUCGCGCAGCAGUCACAAAACGCAGUCCGUGGUGGGGCUCUUUUUUUUCGCGUGUGCGGAAAAUUUUUACAACGACCUUACCCCGUUCGCGCAAUCGAUUUGGGAAGUGUGCAGAUUGCAGCUUUUAAGUACUGCCCCAGCGGUUUCGUUCUUCAAAAAAGUGUGGUGUAAAAAGGACCCACCAAAAGGAUCGUCCCCCCCGCGACUUCCGUUCCGUGCACGUUGGACGGGCCAUUUCUUUGUGAAGCCGUGUUUUCGAACGGUUCCGUGCGCGCUGUGGGCGUGUACGUACGUGCAUGCGUAUGCGUGUGUGAGAGCGUGUAUGGGCGGAAAGGGAAUUCCUCUUUUCACGUGCCGUGCGUGUGUGUUUUUCGGUUGGUUUUCCAUUCAUUCCACUCGGAGGCUAAAAUUAUUUGCCACCAGCUAACCAGGUUUUUGUGCAUUUGUGCAAAGAAUUUCCUCCAAAAAAAGAAAAAGAAAAGGAGAGCCUUCGGGGCAGAAAAGUAUGUGUUGUGUGUGUAAGCUGCCCAAUCGCAGGAGCAUGUUCAGAUUUCCUCGUGGCUAGAAGGAAUCAUACAGCAGGCGCAUACGGCCAAACGCCGAUACGAAAACGAAGGAAUAUAAUCCAUCAAUAGUUCGCUACAUCGUUAUCCGUAGUGUUAGAAGUGAAUGUGAGAAGAACUAAAGGGAUCGCAAGAAGUGAAUGGACAACCACAAGGUGUCCCGUGUAUCGUGUAGCUGUCCCCACUGAAUGUCCCAAACGAAAUAGAGCAAGCUAAAGCAAAAGCGUUUGGUGGAUAAAGUUGUGUGCGUGAGUGUGGACAAACGGGUCCAGUGGCAGUGAGUUGCAAGUUCCGAACGAGAUAAAACCUUAGUGUCCAGAAGUGCGCCAUGCAUACGUGACCCUUCUCCACACCACGUUCGCGUUUGUGUGCGCGUCCAACAUUGUGCGGUGUGCGAGGUUGUGUGCUUCCCCCAGGGAAAUCCCUUGCAUCCAGGAUAUCAUCUCUUGUGCGGUAAAAGCUCCACGGUGAGCUUCUCGUCCGAGUGACGUAGCGGAAGGAUUCCCAGCAAGAUUCCCUGACAUCGGUCCGUAGUAGCGCUAGGGAAAGGAUGAGUCGCGAAGUGCAGAAAGAAAAUGCAACACCCAGCACGGGUGGUACAACCGAGGGCCACCAGUACGUCGGUCCGUACAGGCUCGAGCGAACGCUCGGCAAGGGCCAGACGGGUCUGGUGAAGCUCGGUGUACACUGCGUCCUCGGCAAGAAGGUGGCCAUCAAGAUUAUUAACCGAGAGAAACUCAGCGAGUCGGUGCUGAUGAAAGUUGAGAGAGAAAUUGCCAUCAUGAAGCUAAUCGACCAUCCACACGUCCUCGGUCUGACGGAUGUGUACGAAAACAGAAAAUACUUAUAUCUCGUACUGGAGCACGUGUCCGGGGGCGAACUGUUUGACUAUCUGGUAAAGAAGGGCCGCCUAACGCCCAAGGAGGCGAGAAAGUUUUUCCGUCAGAUCAUCUCCGCCCUGGACUUUUGCCAUUCGCACUCGAUAUGCCACCGGGAUUUGAAGCCGGAAAAUCUGUUGCUGGACGACAAGAAUAACAUUAAGAUAGCAGAUUUUGGAAUGGCGUCACUGCAGCCGGCUGGUUCAAUGUUGGAAACAUCCUGUGGAUCGCCUCACUACGCUUGUCCGGAGGUGAUUCGGGGCGAAAAGUAUGAUGGCCGCCGGGCAGAUGUGUGGUCCUGCGGAGUAAUCCUGUAUGCGCUGCUGGUCGGUGCCCUUCCGUUCGACGAUGACAACCUGCGGCAGCUGCUGGAAAAGGUGAAACGUGGCGUGUUUCACAUACCACACUUUGUGCCACCGGAUUGCCAAAGUUUGCUAAAGGGCAUGAUAGAGGUGAAUCCGGAAAAGCGGCUUACUUUGGCUGAAAUCAACAAACAUCCGUGGGUGACAGCCGGUGGUAAGGGUGAGCUAGAGCUGGAACUACCCAUGAUGGAGGUAGUCCAGACGCACGUCAUCCCGAACGCGUCCUCAGUCGACACGGACGUGCUCAAUGCCAUUUGUUCGCUCGGUUGCUUCAAGGAAAAGGACAAAUUGAUACAGGAACUGCUUAGCCCACACCAUAACACGGAGAAGGUGAUUUACUUCCUACUGCUGGAUCGAAAACGACGGCGACCGGCAAUCGAGGACGAAGAGGACGUGUUGAGACCGCGCAACGACAUUAUCGAGAUCGCCGACCCGCCCCGGAAACGGCUGGAUACGUGUCGAAUCAAUGGCAGCAGCAGUCUUGCGUACGGUCAGAUCAGUGAGGGUUCACCGCUUACUUCCCGGCGGCAGACGUUCAACAAUGGUCAUCGUAGUCACAGUGGUAGCACCAGCAGCGGCAGCCGUCGGUCGCCCUCGUCGGUUCCACUGUCACGUAGCUCAUAUCAAAGUCCAACGCGCGGUGUCGUAGUCAACUCCUCGCAACCACUGAAUCAACUCCAUCCACCAUCAUCUCCAAAUGCGGCCUCAAACCGACACUCGAAUUACUCGCCAAGAAGCAGCACCAAGUCACAGGUCAUCGAUUCCUCCUCACCGGUUCACCAUCGUGCUAACUCCGGUCCGGCCGUAACGGUUGGGCUGUUUUCGGAAACCGACUCCAACAACAUGACAUCAUCAAUCAAUGCCAUCCCGGGCUCGCCGAUACUCGGCAGUCCACAACAGCUGCAGGCCGUUACUACCGGCAGCCAGCUGUGGAAGACACGACUGACGAACAUUAAGAAUAGUUUCCUAGGAAGUCCAAAGUUUCAUCGUAGAAAAAUGCAAAUAUCAACCGAAGAAGUGCAUCUUACUCCGGAAUCAUCGCCGGAGCUGACGAAAAAGUCUUGGUUCGGGAACCUGAUGACGACCGAAAAGGACGAAACGUUCACAGUAUUAGUGAAGGGCAAGCCACUAGCGACGGUUAAAGCUCACCUGAUUCAUGCCUUUCUAUCGAUGACUGAGCUAUCGCAUAGCGUCCUUUCGCCAAUGUCUUUCCGAGUGGAGUACAAGCGGGGUGGUACCGGGCCGACGAUGUUCCAGCGGCACGUCCGGAUACAGGUAGACAUCAAUACGAUUUGCAAGCAGGGCGAUGUCGGUGACAUGCUGUUCGCCAUUACGUUUACGCUGAUCUCCGGCAAUAUCCGUCGGUUCCGGCGUAUCUGUGAGCACAUUCAGGCGCAGGUCUGCUCCAAGCGUUAUCCCGCCCUGAGUAGCCCGACGAACCAGCACAACAACAAGGUGGCUAACAGCGUGGCCGAAAGUAUAUCCUGUGGGUCCGAUUCUAGCGAUCGCAUCAACUACAACAAACACAAGGAGUCUGACAUCGAGCAGGAAACGUUCUACGAUACGACUAGCAUUGGAAAGACACGCCGUUCGUCGGCCACUUCGUCCAACAAGAACUCCGUAUCGUCGGAUGAAAUCGAAAUCAAAACCGUACGCUCGAGCUCGGAAUCCACGGAACGUGAACGGGAACGCAGUACGGAACGGCCGGCGGCCAUGUCCGGUAGUGCGCUGGUAUGAGAAUUAUUUCUCUGAUAGGAUUCAGCGAACAGUGGCCCUCCUGAGAUAGAGGAGGUAGCCGGACCGAAUCCUACACGCACCGCAGAACCGCUCAUCAACGCUCGUCCGGACGUCCCCGGUGACGCAGAGCUUGCGAUCGCGAUCGCAACUGCCGAAGAUGUUGACGAUUCGGGCGAGCUGAUGGAGUUAAUUGCUAAUCAAAUGGAGAUCUGACUAUAAACUUCUCAACUCCCAUGUACGGCCUUCUCAGCGGCCUUCUUCCUACAUCCUUCCUUUCCAUCUUUAGCAAUCCGGGUAACACCGGUGGUGUGUCGGUGUGACGGUCAGCCACGGUGGCCUACGCCUAGGCGAAACCGAUACCGUUCCAGCAGACGAACAAUCCAUAUACUACAACUACUAGUGCUAUUUCUACUACUUAUCGCUACUAUUAAACACUAGCUGUCGGAGAAGUGGCACUUUAGACCGGGAAUCGUCAAACUGGGUGAAUUGAGUCUAUCGAACCAACUUUUCCAAAUUGAUUCAGCAAAACGAAAUGGUGGUCUGAGUAAUUGAGAGCAAAACAAACCAAAUCACGUAAUAUGGUCAAUUUCGUAUCAAACGCAUCGAGUAAACCUAGCAUCACGAGUAAAAGCUACUUUCCAGUGACGGUAAUACACAAGUCAGACACUCAUUUUAGAAACUCAUUGAAGCUUAAAUAGAACGAAUAGAAAAGUCCCGAAAAAGUACCCAUAAUGUCAUGCAAAUGAAACUGUGCUAUUCUUAAGGCUUCAUCAAACUCCAUGAUGAGCGAUUCUAUUGGGGAGUUUUAAGGCCCCAGACAGAGUUUUGCGUUUCUGAAAGUAAAGUACGAUAUUAUAUACUGCACGCACGCACAUACACACACACACACACACAUACAGUCGGAUUGGAAUACGUUUCGUGACAACAUGUUCACACAUCGCCUAAGAGAAAUAAUAUGGAGAGGGGAAGAAAUACUGCAAACUUGAAUCUUGAAUGUCCAUGGAUCAUCGAAUUAAGAUUUUAGACCUCAACAUACUUAUCUUUGUGACACUGAAGAUGGAAAUGAAAGAUGCAAUAGAGAGGCAAGAGAAGUGUUGGUAAAAGAAAAUAGUCGGGAGAUACAAAAAAAACCUACUCUGGGAAGAAAGCUAAAGUGUUUUGGAACGAACUCGGACAUGCAGUACGUCUACAUCAAACAUUGCAAAUGGCGUGCGCCGAGCGUCAGAUGUGCCGAAACAAAAAUGGAACCAUAAUCUUUAUCUAAGCUAGUCAAAGAAACAGAAAGCGAACCGAAUGAUAGGUAAGCAAGCUAAAGCAAGAUUAAAACAAAAAUUUAAGCUACUAGUACUAUAUAUAUAUACUACUCACACAAAAACGACUACCUAUUGCUUUACAAAACACAACAAACAAUGGUAUUCAAUGGUGACACAGUAGCUAACGGAGAUGUGGUAAUGAAUCGUUUAAAUGCUCCUAAAUAUGAAACUACAAUAGACUAGCGGAAAAAGGGGGAAUAUGCGAAGAAGUGAACGGUCGAUUGACUUUGAUUGUCUAAUCCUUUCUCAAGCUCGUACACUUUCGUGGCACGAAGUAACCCAUUGAAAGCUAAGACCCUUACCAACUAGCACUUGUGCAAAAUUUAGUCUAAUUGCUGCCAUUUCACAACCGAUUCGCUAGUAGUGAUGAUGUCCAUCGAAGGAGUACUUACGAUAAUGUCAACAUUAAAAAAAAAAUAAUAAAAAAAAACAAAUCACAGUUAUAGUGCAAUUCGUAUCAGUGUCCGGUUAAGCAUACGCACUCGUUCGGCAAUACGAGUGUGUACGAGCGUGGCAUCCAUGUUUGAAAGCUUUGCUUUUUUAUUUUCCUUCAUUUGAUGGGGCUAGUGUAAUAAUUAUGUUAAUAUAUUUUGCUUGGCUACACCAUUUUAUACGAGUGCGGUGUAAAACAAAAAAAAAACACACAAUAUCGCAACAAUACAAGUAUAACGGCAAAGAAAAGAGACUAUGAUAAACGUAGUAUAUGAUGUAUUAAAAAUCAAACCUAUACUUGAGUAUUCAUACACACGGUGAUGCGCAAUAUAAAAAGGGGAAUGAUGAUGUACUUAAAAAAAGGAUGCAAAACAAAAAAUCCAAGUAAUAUGCAAAUAAUCUACGAACCGCGAACGCUUAUUAGUUUUAUUGCCUAAACGUUGAUGAGAAGCGGACAACUCCAUUAUUGGCAGUUUGGUAGUAGACUUACAAUGCAGAAAUGCAACCGAUAGGUGGAAAAAACCCCGAUGGUCACCUAAAAGGUAGAAGCAUAGACUAAGCAAAGAGCUCGUAUUUUCCGAAAGCAAGCAUUAUUUUUCUAGUUAAACGUAAUCUUGGUUUUAUAGAAUAAUCAAAAUCAUGGAUAAUGUUUCUCUUGCUGAUGCUAAAUUACCGGUUGUCGCUUUAUUUGUCACAGUAACGAUACUCAUUUCAUUACUAUUACCGUUUCGAUUGCUCGUAGUUAUCACUAGUUCACAAGAACUGAAUGUUCUUUCACGUUGGGUUUAUAGCGGGUAGUUAGUGUCUUUGAGAACAACGGCUUCAGCUUGCGAGGGCUUUGACUACUAACACUGCGCCAGCCAAUUGCGUACUAACAGACGAUUAUACUCAUACUAUGCUGUCUUAUGAGCGGUGAGUCGCACGUUAGGGAGGUAGGCAUCGACAGGUAUAAUAGCUCAAGAUGUGACGUUUGUUGCAAUUGUUUCACUAGUCCAUAAUUAGAUAAACAGGCUAAUAAAUAUCUAAACAGCAACAAAAUAAACACACACACAUUCUUACAAACAGAGGAUACUCAAAGAUAGCAUUCGAUAACGUUCUACACUGACAUCUGAUGAUAUUCACAGAGCAAUGCAAGGGCAUUAGUUAAUGGGUAAGAAAUCAAAACUUAUACCGAGCGAUACCCUAGCACACCUGCUACCUACUCAUCAUGCAAGGUCUUUUCUUUUUUUAUCGCUUUUGUUUAAUGGCAUUACCGUGUUUAAGCACAUUGCGUGUAAAAAAGGGAUUACGCUACGCAUGUCACAAACACAAUGAUCGCAAGCUAGAAAACGCAAAUCAAAACAUCUAUACUAAAGAGCAUCAAACACACGAAAACAGUAAACAGAGCCCAGAAGGAAAGAAAGAAGGAAAAAACCCGAAACGAAAGCUUCUAAGCAAGUAAAUAUGAUGCUUGUGUAACUAAAAUAUACUUUUCUCAAUUUCCUACUAAACGGAGAGCUUAGCAGUUGAGCAGGGAAGCAUUUGAUGGUUGGUGUGUUAAACGACCGUGAUUUUUGCAGUCUAUUAAACUCACACUAGAAACUGCCGUAACUGGCGUGCAUGGACGAGAUGAAGGACAGGGAGAAGCAAAACGAGGUGUAAAAAAACGUAAAGAAAAUAAGUAAAACGAAUCAAUACUUACAGAAAAAAAAUCACACUAACGCGAAACACUAAGAGACAGCAAGGAAAACAAAACAAAGCUAAACGCAAAUUUGUAAUAAAAUAUCGCUUAAAAAUUGGGCAAAUUUUGGGAAGCGAUAAGUAAAAUGGAAGGAAGAAAACAGAGCGGAGAAAAAACAAAGCUUGUGCAAAUAUUAUACAGUGCUAGUCGUUAUAGUUGUUGCAAAACGGGUGGAAGAAUGUAGAUCGUAAUUGGUAAUGAUAAACGAACAUUAUGGAAACACAAUAUGAUGAUGAACAAUGUAUUGGAAACAUGUAAAUGAAGUGUUUGAGAGCUUUGCAUUAUUAAGGAGACGGUGUAAUCAAAUCGCAAUAAGGCAGCCGCCGAAAUGUGACAGAAUUGUUACUUGUAUAUGAAAAACAAAACAGCGGAAUGGAACGGGCUGGAUGGAUUGGUGUAAGAAUGUGUGCAGUGUGCGUGGUACGAAAAGUGGAAAGUAAAUGAAAGACAGGGUAAGCGUGAUGGAACGAAACAAAAGCUAAAAUAACCAAAGUGAAACAUACAAGAGAAAAAAAAAACAGCAAAAUUUGAACAUAACAACUGCAAAUUAGAUAGCACAGUGGCAUCAAAAAUAGUUGCAAACCCGUUUGCGAGACAUUGAAAUAGAAAGAGAAACCAAAAAAAGAAACAUUCACCGGCAUUUAGAAAAAAACACACACGCAAACAAACAGCAAAACACACACAACACUCCACUGUGAAACAUUUUGCAUGGUGUGAGCGGUAGUAUUUGGGAGUAGUGAAUACUACUAACACGGAAGUGAAUUAGUAGCAGCAACGUAACGCUAAUUGUAAAAUUGUGCAGAAAAAAAAACCAAAUGUUUUUGUAAAAAUGAAAAAGAAACUGUGAACCUAAAAACCGGUGUGGUACAUAUUAACGUUUCCGUUGGACCUGGACGACCGAAAACGACUGUUGCCCGUCCUCUCUGCCAACGGGACGGGAGCUUCGGGAGGAUGUGCGUUUGUGUGCGAAGGGAAGUAAUAUACAAUUUCGAAAUACACGCCAUUGAACUUA